GUCGGUAAGUUUCUAGAAAUUAGAAAUAGCGUGGUUGAUAUUCAAGUGAUAUGUUUAUUUUUUAAAAAAAAGUAUUGCUUUAGUAAUUAAAAAUUGUCUUAUUAAGGAUACUAGUUAUUUACCAAAUCAAAUUAUGGGUAAUGUGCAAGCAUCUUCUAGUUUACCACCAAUGCCCCCAAGCACUUUACCUGUACCUGGAACACCUCAAAAAAUACUUCCUGAAAUAGUCGUCAAAAAUCCAGGUUGUGUAGAAGAUAUUCAUAAAAAAUGCAAAGAUGUGUUUCCUAUUUCUUUCGAUGGACUUCGUCUAGUUAUUAAUAAAGGAUUAAGCAAUCAUUUCUAUGUUAGUCAUAGUUUACUUAUUGGAACAAGUAGCCAAAAUUCAAGCUACAAAUUUGGAUCAACAUUUGUCGGCACAAAUCAAAUUGAAGCUGGAGAGUACAGCCCUCUAUUAAUUGGAGACAUAGAUCCUCGUGGAAAUAUAUCUACAAAUUUAAUAGUGUAUCCAACAAACAAAAUCAAAAUUAGAGUUGGAUCACAAUUCCAAGAAUUUAAAACAGCUAAUUUCCAAGUAAGUGCCGAUUAUAAAACUGAAAGAUCUACAUCUACAGUAUGUUUAGCCAACCCAGAUUUUUUAAAUAAUAGUGGAAGUUAUAUAACACAGUCCUUAUAUGCAUUAAACAAUAGUACAUCUGUAGGUUAUGAACUUCAACAUCAUCGUGGUCCACAUAUACCUGGUGGCUCAAUGACAAUUUUUGGAUUAUUAGGAAAAUAUAUUUAUGAUGAAGCUACUACCAUAAGUUCAACUGUAAAUAAUGUAUCAUUACAAUGUUGUUAUCAUUUUAAAGCAAGUGAACAAUUACAAUUUGCUGUAGAUCUUGAAGCUAAUCUAAUUCAAAGAGAUGUAAAUGCUACGUUUGGAUAUGCUGCACAAAUUCCAAAAUCUGAUAUUAGUAUAAAAGGUAGUAUUGAUAGAAAAUGGAAUAUUAGUAUGGCACUAGAAAAAAGACUUAACCCCAUGCCAUUUACUUUUGCUUUAAGUACAAAUUUUUGCCCUUUAAAACACUCAUUAAAAAUGGGAUGUGGAUUUGUUGUAGGCUAAAAUUGAAUUUUUAUUUUUUUUUUUUUUUUGAGAUCAUGUCUUAAAAUGUUCAUAGAUGUAGUCUUACAAUUUUAAAAUAAAAAUUUCCUCAUUUUCAUUUUGUUAAAUAGUAUUAAAUUAUAAUCUGUUAUAUAUUUUUAUCUAUUUUAUUUAUAAUUACCUCACUAAAAUUUUAGUGAUACAAAUAAAUUAGUAAUCAUUAAUUAAAG